AUGGGCUAUUCUGGACGCGAGGACCAUCAUGAACUCUCGUAUCUGUUACCCAUUGCCGUGUGUAUGGGCAUUUCUCUCUACAACGUCCUGGAACUCAAUCUGGUCAUUUUAACGACGUUCAAAACCCGAAAGAGCCUCUACUUCUGGAGUUUCAUCGCAGCUACGAACGGUAUUGCGCCGCAUACCAUCGGUUUCUUGCUCAAAAACCUUUGCUCAUCGGAUAAUUUCAUCCUCUACAUCUCGCUUAUCUCUGUGGGCUGGGUCAUGAUGAUAACAGGACAAUCACUCGUUUUAUACUCUCGACUUCAUCUCAUAUUCUGGAACCAAUUCUAUCUCAGGCUCGUGUUGGCCAUGAUCAUCACAAAUGUCGUGGUUAUGCAUAUUCCCAUCAUCAUUCUCAUGUAUGGCGCCAACAGCAGCGCUUCCAACUCUUGGGUUCACCCGUAUCAGAUAUACGAGAAGAUUCAAGUCACUGUCUUUUUUUCACAGGAACUCAUAAUUUCGGCACUUUACAUCAAAGCCUGUUUCUCAUUCUUUAGCACCGAGGAGUUGCUCCACGGAAAGGGAGUCCAAAGAAUGCGCAGGCAUUUACUUAUUGUCAAUGUCGUGAUAAUACUGCUCGAUAUACCGAUUUUGGUCCUUGAGUUUGCCGACUUCUACGACUUUCAGACAGCGUACAAAACAAUUGUUUAUAGCAUCAAGUUAAAGCUUGAAUUUCACUUACUCAACCGACUCGUUGAGGUGGCAAAAGGCAAUGAAGGGAUUGACUUGCAGCGUGGAAAUCAAACCUUGCACGGUCUUCGGCUGGAAGCUUUUGAAAGUGAUGGAGAUUUCUCAAGGUCCAAUGACUACGAGCAUGGUAAUAUGAAUAAGGUUGUGGGUUAUCAGAUAAACAAGAGAAAAUACUUGGGUUCGGAGAAUGAUAUUUUGACGACUACAGAUAUAUCUGUUAGCUAUAUCGAGCGAAGGGACGACAAUAAUGAGAGUAUGGAUAAAGGACGAUCGAUAUUUGGAUAA